AACCGCGGGCCGGGCUGGGCCGGGCUGGGCCGGGCGCCCCUGGGCCCGGCUUUGGCUUCCUGCGGGCCCUCAGGAUGCGCUGGAGCGGCUUCGGGGGAGCCGGAGCGGGGUCAGACCCGGGCGCGGCUCCGGGGGAGCAGCAGAGAGAUAAGCAUCUGAUAAAAAAAGAUGCUAGAAAGAGAAUUAUCUGUAUUGAGGGCAACAUUGCCAGUGGAAAAACAACAUGCCUGGAUUAUUUUGCACAAACUACCAGCAUUGAGGUUUUGAAGGAACCCUUGACCAAGUGGAGAAAUGUUCGAGGUCAUAAUAUCCUGGGCUUAAUGUACCAGGAUGCAUCCAGGUGGGGGAUAACUCUGCAGACCUAUGUCCAGCUGACCAUGCUGGAGCAGCACACUAGGCCCAUGAUUUCCCCCAUAAGGAUGAUGGAGCGGUCGAUUCACAGUGCAAAACACGUUUUUGUGGAAAACCUCUAUCGAAGUGGAAAAAUGCCAGAGGUGGAUUAUGCUGUCCUAAGUGAAUGGUUUGACUGGAUCCAGAACAACACUGAUGUUUCAGUUGAUUUGAUAGUUUAUUUGCAGACAUCUCCUAAAGUUUGUUAUGAGAGGCUAAAGACACGAUGCAGGGAAGAGGAAAAAGUCAUUCCUUUGGAAUAUUUAGAAGCUAUUCAUGAGCUCUACGAAGAGUGGCUUAUUAAACGUGCACUGUUUGAAGUUUCCUGCCCAGUACUUGUUAUUGGAGCUGACCAUGACAUGCAGAAAAUGGUAGAGAAGUAUGAAGAAAACCGGGACCAAAUACUGAACCCAGCUAACAGACAACGCUGUUUAUAGAAGCCUGUGACUGUUGUAUCAGAAAUCAUCUACUGAAGUCUGAGUUAGUAUUUAAAAUAUUUAAAUAUAAUGGGUAUUGUUUUUAUACUAUGCUUUGUAGAACACUGUGGAAAUGAUCAGAUACCAAUCAGGAACAGAAUGUGAACCAAUUCCCUCUGUGUUUUUAGGUUUUCCAUCAGCUUUACUGUGUCAGUUGUGUUCAACUAAAAUAUGGCUGUUUACUAAAAUAUGGCUGUUUACCUCAUUUCCCACUUCACUGCUGCUUCCUAGAAGUGACUUUACUUUCUUCUUUUUUUUUUCCCCAAAGACAACCCUGUUUUUGUUAUUUGAAAUAAAUGGUUUAUUACAACAUCCCUCUGAGGGAGGGUACCUCAGGUUUCUCUGAAUGAGCCCCUUGGGGUGAAACACCACCAAAUGGCCAGUGUGUGCUUGAGGGAGGUUUCUUUAUGACAGAGCUGUGAGCCUGGCCCUGGGGCCCAGCAGAUCACCCUGAGUGUGAGCACAGGGCAUGGGUGGGAUCACCAUGGGAUCAGCCCCCACCAGUCUGGGUUUAGGAGGGUGUCCAAGACUGAGCACCAAGAUGUUUCCUAUUACCAUCCAGUAGCAGUUGCAUCUGAACAGUUUUCCUUAUCUCCUGUUAAUAAGCCCAUCAAUGUCUCGCCUCAUGACUCAGAGAUAACACUCUCCAGGAGCCAGUUCUGUUUAACAGGUGAUUAAGAACACACCUUGUGACUCAAAAUAACAUCAGCCCAUUGUGAGAUGCUCCGCCCAGGGGGAGAAGCUAGGCAUUCCCACCUGGAUAAAUCCAGGGAUUUCUAGACAGAAAGGCAGCCUUUCCACAGGUUUCCAAGAAGACACAACAACCACAUCUGGCACUCCAAGAGGACUGUGGCCACUCCAAUUUGGAUUGCUACCAGCACGCUGGCCAAAGGGGUGUCAGGUUGUAUUCUGACUUGGCCAGUGGUCUUCCUUUUGUAUCAUUGUGUGUAUUUUUGUCUUUUGUUUUCCCUUUUCCCAAUAAAUUGUAUUUCUGA